UCUUAUCCAUCAAAAGCACAAAACAGGUAAGUAUAUUUGUCUUCUUCUCGGCUCAAGCAAAUCGAACAAUCAUAGUCAAAAUUUUGAUCUUCCUUAUCCCCUUGUCGGAAUCCAACCACCAUUCUCUUUCAGACAAUGUCGAGAUUAUCGGCGAUUUUUUCUCCGGCCCGUUUGGCGAGGUUAACUCAGUUGGUUCCAAACCAUUUUCAGAAUAAGCAGCCCCCACUGGAGCUUCUACGACCACUCUCUGGUCUACCAACUCAAUUGGCUCCACACCCUUUUUCUCAAAGUUCUCAACUUUUUCCAUGGAUUUCGACCCAGUGCGCGUUUUUCAGCUCUUCAUCAUCUUCGCUACCAAAUUUUGUUAAGGCCAUUAGGGUUCAUGAACUUGGUGGACCUGAGGUUUUGAAAUGGGAAGAUGUGGAAAUAGGAGAGCCAAAGGAGGGCGAAAUUCGUGUGAAACACAAGGCCAUUGGUCUUAAUUUCAUCGAUGUGUACUUCCGCAAAGGGGUUAGUAAAGCUGCUGCAUUGCCUUUCACUCCAGGAAUGGAGGCUGUUGGGGUUGUAACAGCAGUAGGACCUGGAAUAAAAGGCACGCAGGUUGGUGAUCUUGUAGGCUAUGCUGGUACUCCGAUGGGCUCAUAUGCUGAAGAGCAGAUCCUUCCUGCUAGUAAAGUUGUGCCUGUUCCUACCUCUAUUGAUCCUCUCAUUGCAGCAUCUGUCAUUCUCAAGGGCAUGACGGCGCAGUAUUUAUUGCGCCGUUGCUUCAAGGUUGAAGCAGGACAUACAAUUCUUGUUCAUGCUGCAGCUGGUGGAGUAGGAUCUCUGCUAUGCCAGUGGGCUAAUGCUCUUGGUGCCACUGUCAUUGGAACUGUCUCAACUAAAGAGAAGGCAGCUCAAGCCAAGGAAGACGGAGCUCACCAUGUUAUCAUCUACAAGGAUGAGGAUUUUGUUGCUCGUGUUAAGGAGAUAACAUCAGGCAAUGGGGUUGAUGUUGUCUAUGACUCUGUAGGAAAAGAUACCUUUCAGGGAUCGUUGGAUUCCUUAAAAGUCCGGGGUUACAUGGUGAGUAUUGGGGUGUCAUCAGGAACACCAGAUCCGGUACCAUUAUCGGCUCUUGCAGCGAAAUCACUGUACUUAACAAGGCCUUCUGUGAUGCAAUACACAGCUACUAGAGAAGAGUUAUUGGAGACUGCAGGAGAGGUGUUUGCUAAUGUUGAGUCAGGUGUGCUGCGGGUUAGAGUAAAUCAUACAUACCCUUUGUCACAGGCAGCGCAAGCACAUGCAGAUCUCGAGGGUAGGAAAACAUCUGGAUCCGUUGUGCUGAUACCAUAGAAGCCUCGAACAGGAAGUUCUCAAUCUCCCAACUCUUCUAGUCCUUGUUAAGAAAUAAUUUUAUGGGUUGGUUUGGCUGUGCAUUUCAUGUGAAAAAUUUGUGUUGUGUUUGGAUGACUGAGUGCCUGCUUAAUGUUGGCCAGUUGUGAAACUAAUUAUCCAUGUAUUUGCUAUGUUAAGCAAUAAAUAAAAGUAUUUGGAUUCAUUGUUAGUCAA